ACCCAAAAUUUUGUCUCACUGAGGUCAGAACAGACAGAAGCUCAUUUGUUUUGUGUGUGAUUGACAACAAAAAUCCUUAUCAAAACAAAAGUAGACGGUGAAAAGGGGUAAUUUUUCAUGAGAAAUCUGCUUAUCACAUUUUUAUUUGCCGCCAAGGUAAUCCUUUUGCAGCAAAUGUAAACAAAGGAAAUUGGACUCCAAAACUGGAGACUGUCUCUGAAAUUGGAUACCCAAAUUCUUUACAAAGUCUCUGGAUAUUGGAGAUAAUCUCCACAUUGGAGACAGUCUCCAAAUCCAAUAUUGGCCGUGCGCCUCUACUGACGUAUGCCCGUUCUAUAGGGAUGCAUACACACUAACACGCAGGCGACCCGUUCCACGGACCCCCGUUUUCAUAAACAUUUGUAGUUCCGAAGCCUGUUCCGAGGAUCCUCCUUUUUACAAUAAGCCUGCUCCGGAGCUCCCGUUUUUUGUCUCGCCCGCGGCACAUACCCACCAAUUUUUUGGUCGAGUACCCCCCUGGGAGAUUAAUCAAUAUCUUGAAAAACUGAUACAGGUAAUAUUACCAACAGAAAAAGCGAUCCAAAAUUACCAGUAUGAUAAUUUUCUUGAAGUAAGGUUUCAAUUUGUGAAAAUAUUGGCAAAACAUCGACAAAUUUUGUAUACCUUUCUUAGACUGCCCUUGGCAGUAUAAAAAUUCGCUGCAGAUUUCAAAACAUCGCAUGCGCGAAGGUCUCGGCAUGCGAUGUUUUGAAAUCGGCAGCGAAAUUUUAUGUGUGAGGAACUUCAUGUUGGCUCUAAAUCACCAAUUUUGAGACUGAUAGAAGCAUGGAAAAGAAGUGAAACUUUGUGUAAAGUAAGAAUAUUAGUUUUAAUUGUUUUUAAAGAUCGUGACGUUGCAUGAAUUUUAUAUUUUUCCCCCUCAAAAUCCCACCUUUGUCACUCGGAAUAUCAGAUCGAAUUCACGGACUUGAUGUUUGGGCAGGUGGAGCGUAGUGUAGCGGUAGUGAAGUGGAGUGGAGCCUGCACGAACAUCUCUCGAGGUAGCCCUUGACAUGCUUGAGGACUCCAUGAUGAUGUUUUUUUAAUGUUUUGGCAUAUACUUCUUCAUCAUGGAGCCUUGACACUCUUUCCAUAGAUGCAUAAGCGAGACCUACACACCCGGAUAGAUUUCCCUAGGAAAUUCAUAGAUAGAGGGUGAAAUCGGUUUGUAGGGGUGAAUUUUAUUUAUCUAUGAACCUUCAUGCGCCUAAUGCGUAUAAAGGGAUAAAAAUAAUUUCACUCUAAAUUGUAAAAAUGAGACGUUUCUUACCAGAUCGAUUUUGUGUAGAUCCCUCAAUCCGUUGGUCAACAAAGCAAAUACAAUAGCCCUGACCCUUGAACCGCUUCGUUAUGACGUACAUCCGAUUAGCGAUGCCGUUUUGAAGAACAAUUUAUAGAUAAAAAUUAUUAUCUCACAAAUACUAAAAUUUAAUACGCGAUUAUAAAUUAGUAGUAUUACUAAUUGUAGUCCAUAGACAUCCGUUUAUUUAGUCAGAAAAAAAUAUUUUUUUAUAAUGUGAAGCUUAGACUAGUAAAAUUAAUUAUCAUUUCAUAAUUGCUCAAAACCACUUCCUCUGUCGGUGGUGUCUUGCUAGUAUAGUGGUCAGAGAUCUUGACUGCAAAUCCAUUGAGUUGAGUUCUAGUCUCACCGUAGAUUAGUCAUAGAAGAAAAAGACAAAUUGACCAUAUCAUCCUUGAUCAUUUGGCAAUAAAAUGAUUAGCUUUUGGUGCUAUAUACAGUAUACUUCACAAUUAUAAUUGUAAUAUUUAUGGUCAUUACUUUUUAUUCACAGGUAUAUGUAGAAUCUAAUUGUAUGUCUUGACUUCUUUUGUAGGAAUAGCAUGGACUGAUCUUUGACAUGCAAUUGUGAUCAAACUUGCAUCUGAACUCAAGUUCAUUGAACUGUGUACAAGUUGCCAUGGGGGACAUUGUUCAGCAGGCACAAAUGGCAGGCCUCUUUGAUGGAUCGCUGUCAUCCUGCCAGGCAGAGCUACAGGAGUUAAUGCGCCAGAUUGACAUUAUGGUCAACAACAAGAGACUGGAGUGGGAGGCUAGCAUCAAAGCCACAGAAGCCCAGGUUAGGCAGAGAGAUGAAGAAAUAGUCACCAUCAAAAUGGCCCUGGAUGCAAAAACAGCAGAGACCAAUCGAUUGACCCAUGAGCUUGGCGGAAUGGAAAGGACUCAGAAAGAGUUGGUCACAAAGUAUGAGCAGCAGGUUGAUCAGCUCAGAAGAGAAAUGGUUGCUCUGCAGAAAAGUUAUGAGAAGCUUCAGCGUCACCAUGGCAAACAGAAUGACAGCGUGGAAAAGGUUAAAGAGGAGUCGGAGAUCAAGCUGAGGAAAGUGAGGGUUGACCUUAGGAUGGCUGAAAGCAAGAUAGAGGAUUUUGAAAGCCAGGCACGUCAAUGGGAUGUUCAGAGACUAGCAUACAAGAAGCAAGUGGGAGGAUUGGAAGAACAGAGAAAGAAACUGGCAGAGAAAUGCCAGACUUAUCAGCAAGAUGCCACAGCCUACAAACACCAGCUAGCAAAGCGUCAACAAGCUCUAGACCAGAACGAUUUGGACUUCAGGGCCCGGAUUGUCCACAUCGAAGGGCAACUACAGAGGGCUCAAGAUACCUUAGAUGGAAAGAACAGCGCCAUCCAGCGGCUCGAGGAACUGUUGGAAGAUGCAGGGAAGACAAAGAAAAUGGUGGAAGAUGAUAAUCAUCAAUUAUUAGAGGAUAUUGGAAGGAAAGAACAUCAAAGACAGAUGUUAGAGUCCGAGGUCAGCUCUCUGCAGAAGCAACUAGAGUCUAAAGAGGGCACCCUGCGCUCAAUUCAGAUAGAGACAAAGGAUCAGAUGGCUGCACUUGAGAGCAAGAUCCAUUCAAGAGAAGCCAAGUUGAGGAGCCAUGAAGAUGAGAGUAGGAUGAGGACAAUGCAGGCCAGCGAGGAGACGUCUAGACUACGGGCUCAGCUCCAGGACUCACAGAGGAAGAUCCAGGACCUGAUAGAGUCCGAGGCCAGGCUUAAGAUGGAGAUCAAUAGACUGGAGAACAGGCUGGAUAAUGUACAGGGUGAUAACGCGUCUCUCAACAUGGAACUCACAGAGAGGAUAGAUGAAUUAAGAAGACUGGAUAAUGCAGCACGGCAACAACACCAAGUCAGUCUCAAACAAAAGAACCAGCUGGAGGAAGGCAUAGAACGCCAUCUUGAUGCCGAACUGAAAGGGAUGCGACAUGAAAUUGAAUCUCUGACUGGCGCCCUCACGCAACGAAAUGCAGUAAUGGAUACUCUGAGGUCACAGCUCACCGUGACUGAGCAGCGAUUGGGAGAAGAAAUGGAGAGGAAAGAGAGAGCUUGCAGUGAGCUCCAGAUGGCUAAUGCAGAACUUGAAGCUUUGCGAGUUGAGAACCGUUCCCUUCAGGAAUCUUACAGGCAUGUACAGAGAACUAUAGGAGGAGAAAGAGAGAUGGCAGAAGGACAGUCAAGGGAAGGAACUUUGGGACAGGGACAAAGGGUUCAACACCCAAUGACAAUCAAUCAAGAAGUUGAUGAAUAUGUGCUACAGAGUCAACUUGCGGCGGUACAGCAUCAGCACAAAAUGGCCCAGUCCAAUAGUCUUCCAGGCAAAGCACUCACUGGCAUAGCAGCACAUGAUAGGAGGUGGUCCAGUCCUAGAUCCAGCCCAAGAUCUAGUCCAGGAAGAAUUAGGCCAGGCCUGGAUCAAGCCAGGACUAGACAGUUCAUUGGCCCUCAGGAUAGAACAGAUCCUGGACCUCUAUCCAGUCUGACUGACAAUUAUGCAAGAAUGUACCAACAAAACCAGCUAGCAAGCCCUCACAGGAAUACCCUAGAGAGAACGGAUCACCUAAAAGAAACCCCAGAUUCAGAGAUGAUGCACUCCCUUGAGACCGGCUCCUUGGAAUCAGAGGAAUCUCCUCUCCCGUCUCCACCCACCUUUGAUAGUAUCCUCGGUCAUGACGAUAAGAUGGAGGAAGGUAGCUCAUCCUUCGAGGUGUCCAGUUUAUCAGACUUGGGUCUUAUGCCAAAAGAUAUACGAAACAAUAGGCCGCCAUCGAGGGAAUCGGUGGGAACACGUUUCCUUAGGGAAGACCAGAAGCACCAGGCAGAACUGGAACAGAUUCUCGGUGCACAUGUCCAGGAUCUGGAACAAAAGACCACGGAUGCUUUGGCGAAGCAUUCCCAGAGACUAGCACAUAGGAACAUGGACACUUGAUGUGCGAUUCUCCAAUUGAUGAACUAGAAAAGGCGAUAAUAAUAUUCUUUGUCGAUGAAUCCAGCAAAUUUGUUCUUAGCCAAUGAAUCAGAUGCAAAUAUUAUAGUUCAGGAUCCAGAACAAAAGACCACAGAUGCUUUGAUGAAACAUUCCCAGAGACUAGCACAUAGGAACAUGGACACCUGAUGAGCGAUUCUCCAAUUGAUGGGACUUGGAGAUGAAAUUCUUCGUCAGUAAAUCCGGCAAAUUUGUUCUUAGCAAAUCAGAUGCAAAUAUUAUAGUUCUGGAUCUGGAACAAAAGACCACAGUUCCAUUUCUCCAACUGAUGGGCCAGGAGAGCCUAUGAUGAAUUUUUUUUUGGUCACUGAUUUUUGCAACUUAGAUAAUGUAUCAACAGUGAUGUUCACGCAUUUGGCUUGCCAUUGUUUAGUUAUUCCCUAAGCAUUCCCAUCUUAUAUGUCUUUAUGAAGCUGUUCCACGACAUUUGCUCUGGCGACAAUUGCUCCGCUUAUGAAUUCUACACACUAAUCAAAUGACUAACUUCAACCCUUGAUGUAACACUAUAUCCUAAACCUAGCAUAAAACCCUACUGCAACCCAACCCUACUCCCUAGAAGAAAUAAAGCCUGGAGCAAUUGUUACAGGAGUAAAUGUUGUGUCACUUUUGAAACAUUGACCAGAAAAGACCAUUUGUAGAGAAUAUGAUGGUGUAAGUUGAAAGGUUCAUCUAUACAACUCACUGCAUUGAAAUGUUGUUUGUGUUAUGGACUUUUGUAAAUUUGGAUUCAACAGAAAUGGAUUGAUGUUAAUAGUAAUUUCUGUGUGCUUCCUAGUUUGAAUUUGAAAUAUUCAUGUACAUAUAGUACUCUUUUUCAUACUAAAUAUAUUUAUUGUCACUGUACUGUUAUUAAAUAUUUCUAUUAAAAAAUUUCAGAAAA